AUGACAUUUCGUCAAGUUCAAUAUUGUGGUUGCCCCUUGCGCGCGCAGGACCAUUGUAGUGGACAUCGGAAAUUGCCUAGAAAGCCAACCGAGCCAGAGACAUUAAGCAGUUCUGAUGUUUUGGCAAUCAAGGGGCUAUUCGCAGUGCAAGGGGGCUGGAAGCACGGAGUGACCGAGGUUUGGGCUGCUGCCACUUGGAUUGCGCAGAGGAUCUCGUAUGCGUUGAUUUGCUCCGAUGCGUUUCCAGUACCGCGAUUGUCAACAUCAUCGUUUGUCCAUCCAGUGUUCUUCGACAGCAUCUUGAAAGACAUAAUCGAGUCAUUUGGUAUCAUUCGAGGUCUGUGCUUGUGCUGUUGCUACCUUUAUCGCCGUGCGCGCUUAGCAGAUGAAGAAGAAAAAAACGCAUUGAGACAUGCCGUCACGUACGGCAAUGCCAUGUGA